CUCCCUCCCUCUCCGUGCCCUAAUUUUCUAAUCUAUUUUCCCCUGUUUUUUCUUUUUCUUUUUGUUUUUAAAUUAACUGGGGAAUCAUCCCACCAUCCAAAUCUACGAAGUGUCAUCGUCGUGGUGGAAAUCACUGAGAAAUCGCUGAAAAUUCGUUGGUUGCAGAAUUGGGGUGGUAAAAAUUAUUGAAUCACUCUACUCUUUAAUAUUUCGCCUCAGUUUUAAAUUUUGUUUCCUAAUAUUUAAACGUUAGUAAAUGUAGAUGGGGUGGUGCACGAAAAGGGGCUUUUGCCAGAGCAACGUGAGAAUCCAAUUUUCUAAUCUCUUUGUUGCGCACUUUGGAUCACCCAAUUCCUCUAUUACGAGAGAUGAUACACUUUUACCUAAUUCCCUUGAGAAAUUGGCCUGUGGAUAUUAUCGAACCAUAUAUCGAUCAUAUAUCGAUCGAGUUCUAUGUUGUUAUAGUUUCUUAUUAACAUCUGUGAUGACUAGGGAUUCAAGAGAAAAUAGCGUCGAUCGAAUUAGUUUCUGGAGAAGGCCAAAGGAUUGAUUCGGAGAUGAGCGAAGAUAUAUAUAAGAGAAAUCAGCAGAGACCUAUAUUUAGGUUUUGAGUUUGAUCUAGGUUUUGGCUCCUUGAGAAAUUGGCCUGUGGAUAUUAUCGAACCAUAUAUCGAUCAUAUAUCGAUCGAGUUCUAUAUGAGUUCUUUGCUUAAUCUUUUCGUUUUUCCUAUAUAUAGUCUUUUGAUUUCUUUUUCUUUUGGUUGCAACUCUAUCAUGCUAUAUAUUAUUCACUCAAUUUAU